AUGGCCGCGCCCUCACGCGCUUCGGCGCUGGCCCGCGUGCUCCUUCUGGCUUUCCACCCUUUGAACCUUGGCGCCGCCCACCGACCACAGCCCCGACCAAGCCCGGGCAUCCGCCGCUGCGCAUCCAAGCCGCGGGGGGGAAAGAGGAGGGCGAAGGCGAUGGCUGGGGCGGGGAACGAGGGCCGAGGGGCGUUCAUCGUGUUCGAGGGAUGCGACCGGUCCGGCAAGACCACGCAGUCCAAGAAACUCGUCGCCGCCCUGAGGGAGAAGGGGGUGGAUGCUGAGUGGUGGAGGUUCCCAGACAGGACCACUGGCGUGGGGCGACUGAUCGACUCAUACCUGGCAGGGAAGCAGGACACUGAGGAUGACGUCAUCCACCUGCUAUUUGCGGCAAACCGCCUUGAGAAGAAACAGGAACUGAUGUCCAAAUUGGAGGGAGGCACAACAGUUGUGCUAGAUCGCUACGCUCAAUCUGGCGCCGCCUUCACCAUGGCGAAGGCCACACCUGGCCUUGACUUGGCCUGGUGCAUGGGCGUGGAGGGCAGUCGGCUCCCAGCGCCCGACGUUGUCUACUUUUUGAAGGCACCUGUGGAGAUGGCUGCAGAACGGGGAGGGUUCGGGGAUGAGCGGUAUGAGGUGCUCGAGUUUCAGAGAAAGGUAGCGGACUGCUACAUGAAUCUCAGCAAGAUGGAGGGUUGGAGGGAACUGGAUGCCACACAAACCAUCGAUGCCCUGCAUUUAGAGAUCUGUAAGGAUGCCAUGAAGGUGGUCGAGGCUUGCAAGGCUGGGCGCCCUAUUGACCUGCUGUGGGCCACAGGCAGGCAAGGGGGUGCAUCAGACACGGAGACAGGAAAGCAGAGGAAGCGCAGCCCCAAAAGGCCAAGGGCUGAGUCUGAAAGAGAAGAGAAAGAGAAUAAAAACUGA